AUGGUUAGAAAAGGGCAUAACAUUAAACUGAAGUGCGAAGCCCUGGGAGACAAACCCAUUGGCAUCACAUGGACUCGGGAUAAGCAGAAGAUCGAGAAGAUAGACAUGAUUACAGACACGGGUAUCGGUGCCAAUACAGUGGACAACAGGUAUCAGCUCAACGAAAGUAUUACCGCCAAAGGCAUUGUCUCCGAAGUGAUCAUCAAAAAGGCCGACCGACGGGACAGUUCACUAUUCACAUGCGUGGCGUCCAAUGCCUUUGGCUUUGACGACACGAAUAUACAGCUUAUAGUACAGGAGCCGCCGGAUCCGCCCCAAGAGCUCCAGGUUUUAGAGAUCACGAGUCGCUCAAUAAAGAUCUCGUGGUCUCCGCCCUAUUCGGGUAACUCUCCGAUCACUCACUACUAUAUACAGUAUAGGACGGGAGCGCCCGGCGCUGACCUCUCCAACUGGUCGCCGGCGCUCAACGUUACGGUUCCCGCCGGCGAAACAAUCGGUCAGAUUGUGGGUCUCAGACCGGCUCUGCUCUACUAUUUCCGGCUCAUCGCUGAAAAUCAUAUUGGUCGAAGUGAUCCGAGCAGAACCAUUGAAGUGAUUACUGAAGAAGAAUCGCCGGGAAGUCCGCCGACAAACAUCAAAGUCGGUGCCAUAUCUUCGCGAUCGAUAUCCGUUACGUGGGAUCCGCCAAACGCUGAACAACAGCACGGAGUCAUUCGCGGCUAUUAUAUCGGUUAUAAGAUAUUCGGCACAAACAGUCAAUACGUGUAUAAGACUCUUGAGAUCAGAGACGGAAACCGCGAGGAAGUGAUUCUCAAUGGUUUAAAACAAUUCACUCAAUACUCAAUCGUUGUCCAGGCGUUCAAUACGAAAGGCGCAGGUCCCGCUUCUGAAGAGUUAAAGAUCCAGACAUUAGAGAUGGACGCACCGACUUCGCCGCAAAUACAGGUGACGUCGAGCUCCGGGUCGUCCAUACACUUGGCGUGGGAUCCGAUCGUCGACGACGACAAUCCUAUCGAUGGUUACGUAAUCUUUCAAAGACAAGACUCGUCUUCCGAGUGGAAAGAGAUCCGUAUUGUAGGCCAACAGGCCUUCUAUACGGCCACUGAUCUCAAGUGCGGAACUCGUUAUCAAUUUUAUUUGAUUGCCUUCAAUAGGAUCGGCAGAGGAGAGCCGUCAGACGUGGUCACAGUCAAGACUGACGGAGCACUUCCUGUGGCACCCGAUAAGGCAUCGGUGGUGUCGAUGAACAAGACAUCAGCACAGGUGCAUUUGGACUCGUGGCACCAUGGUGGAUGUCCCAUUAAUAAAUUCAAGAUCCGGUACCGCAUGUUAGGCAACCCCAGCGCCGACUGGAUUGACAUCAACCACGGCCUCCACGACAAGCAAAUUGAGUUGAAUAGACUUAAUAUGAACUCCAGAUAUCAGCUCCAGAUCACGGCCAACAACGAGGUCGGCUUCACAGAGGCCGAAUACACGUUCUCAACGCAUCCGGAGAGCCAUGAGCUGAACCCGAGAGCGGCGUCGGGCCACACGAUCCGAGGCGUGGCCAACAAGUCGGCCAACCAUACCAUCAACGAGUAUUCGCUGGUGAUUCCGGUGGCCAUCACUCUACUGGUGAUUGUCAUACUUCUGGUGAUUGUGGCGCUAGUCUUACGCAAGAGUUCGGGCAACGGCUCGAUCUAUAGCCGAAAGCAGGACUCGUUGCAGAUGUCGCACAUGGGUUCGUGCAAAUCCGGUCGAUCCACUUAUACCAACUCGCCUUACAAUACACCGCAUACCUGUGCCAACGGCGGCGAAACGCUGCCCAAAAUGAAUGGUGAGGGCAAUGGAGGGCAACAGUUUGUGGGCCUCCGUAUGGGCGAUGAGCCCCUUUACGCCACCGUUAAGCGCACCCCUCGCGCCCCCAGAAGUGAGGCCCACAUCUACUCGUAUCCCAUACAGGGCUCGGUGUCGGAGAUGGUGCCCACGAAUAUGCAAUUGAGUGCCAACUGUGCCAAUACUUCACAACAAUUGCCCCAAACGGCGACUCUUAUUGUGACCGUCGAUGACAGGGAUCUCGAAGAGAAACUGUUGGAUGAGUUGCAACAACAGUGUCCUCUCAAUGAGCACCGGCUCUCUAUGUCUCACUGCAGAUGAACCGCACAAUCG